GCGCCCCCGCCCGCCCCAGCCCGUCGCGAGAGCCUGAAGCAAAGGCGCGCAGGCCCGCGCAGGGCGGGGCCUCUCCCGGCCUGAUGGAGGGCGCUGCUGGUAGUGGGGGUCGAGCGCCCGGUUUCUUACUUCGGUUUCAGACUGAGGGCCGAGCCGAGGCACCGCGGGCGCGGGUGCAGGAGCAGGAUUUACAGCAGUGGGGGCUGACAGGGAUUCACCUACGCUCUUAUCAACUGGAGGGAGUCAACUGGCUUGCCCAGCGCUUCCAUUGUCAGAAUGGCUGCAUCCUGGGAGACGAGAUGGGCCUGGGGAAGACCUGCCAGACGAUUGCUCUCUUCAUUUACUUAGCAGGAAGAUUAAAUGAUGAAGGACCAUUUCUGAUUCUUUGUCCCCUGUCUGUUUUGAGCAACUGGAAAGAAGAAAUGGAGAGAUUUGCUCCAGGUCUUUCCUGUGUAACAUACGCAGGUGACAAGGAGGAAAGAGCCCACCUUCAGCAAGACCUGAAACAGGACUCAUGUUUUCAUGUGCUACUGACUACCUAUGAGAUUUGCUUGAAAGAUGCCUCAUUUCUAAAAUCAUACUCUUGGAGUGUUCUUGUUGUGGACGAAGCUCACAGGUUGAAAAACCAAAGCUCUCUGCUGCAUAAGACCUUGUCAGAGUUCUCAGUAGUCUUCAGUCUCCUGUUGACUGGAACUCCCAUCCAGAACAGCCUCCAGGAGCUGUACUCCCUCCUCAGUUUUGUGGAACCUGAUCUUUUUUCCAAGGAAGAGGUGGGAGAUUUUGUUCAGCGCUACCAGGAUAUUGAGAGAGAGAGUGAGUCAGCUAGUGAACUGCACAAACUCUUGCAGCCAUUUCUGCUGAGGCGAGUGAAAGCUGAGGUAGCUACAGAGCUUCCCAAGAAGACAGAAGUAGUGAUAUACCACGGCAUGUCAGCAUUGCAGAAGAAAUACUACAAGGCCAUUUUGAUGAAAGACCUAGGUAAUCAGAGGGCACCUGUCCAUUUAGAAACUCCUAACUGUUGGCUUCUGCCCUUACUGAGGGCACAUGACUGGGAGUGGGUUCUUUCUUUUCUAGGUGUAGAGCCAGAGCCUUUUGAAGUUGGAGACCACCUGAUUGAGGCUAGUGGGAAACUUCACCUGCUGGAUAAGCUGCUGGCAUUCCUGUAUUCCAGGGGCCAUCGGGUUUUACUUUUCUCCCAGAUGACCCAGAUGUUGGAUAUUCUCCAAGACUAUAUGGAUUACAGAGGCUACAGCUAUGAGCGUGUGGAUGGUUCUGUGAGAGGAGAAGAGAGACACUUGGCCAUUAAGAGCUUUGGACAGCAGCCCAUUUUUGUUUUUCUCCUGAGUACUAGGGCAGGUGGAGUUGGCAUGAACUUAACGGCAGCAGAUACUGUGAUUUUUGUUGACAGUGACUUCAAUCCUCAGAAUGACUUGCAAGCAACUGCCAGGGCUCAUCGAAUUGGCCAAAACAAGUCUGUUAAAGUUAUUCGGCUGAUUGGCCGAGACACUGUGGAAGAAAUCGUCUAUAGGAAAGCAGCCUCCAAACUGCAGCUCACCAACAUGAUCAUAGAAGGAGGCCAUUUUACUCUGGGAGCCCAGAAACCCUCAGCCGGUGCUGACCUCCAGUUGAGUGAGAUACUCAAAUUCGGUUUGGAUAAACUGCUGGCCUCUGAUGGGAGCACCGUGGAUGAAAUAGACCUGGAGUCCAUCCUGGGAGAAACAAAAGAUGGCCAGUGGACUUCUGAUGCCUUGCCUGCAGCCGAAGGAGGGAGCAGAGAGCAAGAGGAAGGAAAAAAUCAUAUGUACUUAUUUGAAGGGAAAGAUUAUUCUAAAGAGCCCAGCAAGGAAGACAGAAAAUCAUUUGAACAACUGGUAAACCUUCAGAAAACGCUUUUGGAGAAAACUACUCAAGAGGGCCGAUCACUCCGAAAUAAAGGCAAUGUUCUCAUCCCAGGCCUUGUGGAGGGAUCUACCAAAAGGAAGCGGGUUCUGAGCCCAGAAGAGCUGGAGGACAGACAGAAGAAAAGACAAGAAGCAGCUGCCAAGAGAAGGAGACUCGUAGAGGAGAAGAAGAGGCAAAAGGAAGAUGCUGAACAUAAGAAAAAGAUGGCCUGGUGGGAAUCCAACAAUUACCAGUCCUUCUGCCUGCCCUCUGAGGAGAGCGAGCCAGAGGACCUUGAGAAUGGGGAAGAUGAGAGUUCUGCUGACCUGGAUUACCAAGACCCAGACGCCACCUCCCUCAUGUACGUUAGUGGUGAUGUCACCCACCCUCAGGCUGGGGUCGAGGAUGCUGUCAUCGUGCACUGCGUAGAUGACUCUGGCCGCUGGGGCAGAGGUGGUUUGUUUACAGCUCUGGAAAAACGAUCCGCUGAGCCAAGAAAAAUAUAUGAGCUAGCUGGGAAAAUGAAAGACUUGAGUUUGGGAGGUGUCCUUUUAUUUCCCAUUGAUGAUAAAGAGUCAAGAAACAAAGGGCAAGAUUUGUUGGCCUUGAUUGUGGCUCAGCAUCGUGAUCGCUCCAAUGUCCUAUCUGGCAUUAAGAUGGCAGCCCUAGAAGAUGGCCUGAAGAAGAUAUUUUUAGCAGCAAAGAAGAAGAAAGCAAGUGUUCAUCUUCCACGGAUUGGACAUGCCACGAAAGGUUUUAACUGGUAUGGUACUGAGCGACUUAUUCGGAAACAUCUGGCUGCAAGAGGCAUCCCAACUUACAUAUAUUACUUUCCUAGAAGCAAGCCUGCUGUCCUUCAUUCACAGUCGCCAUCUUCCUCCUCAAGUCAGCUGGUGCCUUAACAUCUGGCCCAGCCUCAGAUCCUGUCUUUAGCAACCAACUAAUAGAUAUUUACCCAGAGCUACCGCAAUAGAGUAUUUCAAAUGGCAUCAGGAUCUGUUGGGCCUCGGAAAUUGUCUCUUUUCUGAGUUUAAAUUUGGUUCUCCUGGAUGUGUUGCUCUGACUUGGUACCUGUAAUACAGGGAAACACAACUCUUUUGGGAAAGCCCUUUGACCCCAGCUUGCUAUUUGCAUAAUAAUAAAUUUUCUAUUCCUAAUA